AUGGGUAAAAAGAAGCUCCUCCAUGAACGGGAGAUGGAGAGGCUGCAGCUGGAGGCCCAGAGGAUAGAACUGUCUCGGCAACAACUACUUCGACGUGAUGAACGGGUGGUUAGACCCAAUCAGCAGGAAGUUAGACCCGAUGAGCUGGAGCUCAGACCUGAUGAGCAGGAGGUUAGACCCAUCGCGGAGAGAAGAAGCGAGCAGCCUCCCUCUGUGAGAAGUUACUUCAGGUUUAGACGGAAUCGUCGCGGUCAACAAACUGUAAUGAUGGAACCUACUGGAUUGCAGCAGUUAGAGGCAUUGAGCAACAAGAUGGUUGCGGUGAUGGAAAAGUAUCCGUUCAAUCCACCAAAUGAAACUAACUUUGUAAAAGUUAUGGAUUUAUUGCGCUGCCAGUAUAAUCUAAAUUUCAUUGUCUUAUGUGAAAAGUGUGGAGGAAUUCACCGUACGCGCAAUGAGGAGUUAGUGGCACCAGAACGAUAA